AAUCGUAUUUUUUUGAAUAAUCAGAAAUGUUUAAUUGUCAAUAAUGUGCUAUAUGGUAUUACAGUAACAAUGUUUAUACGUAUGUGUGUGUUGCCACCAAUAUUGAGUCGACUGUCGACUGGCUUAAGGUUAAUCCUCCUUAAAUAGGUGUUUUAUCAUUUACGGAAUGAUUGUUCACAAAACAAAUUUUUCAGUUUUAGCAAAUCGUAGCCUAUUUAGUUUAGUCUCUAUUCAACAUCCAAUAAGUGCGACACUACAAUGGCUCUUCGUGUUGGUUUUAGGAAAUUACAAGGCGAUUGUUUUAAACUACAUCACAGAACGCUCAAGGUAGUGAUACAAGUUACUGCCGUUCCGCCACCAGCUGCCAGGUUCGAAAUUCUGCCGAGCACGCCUUCUCGCUGUAUCCUGUCGUCGUCGCAGUCGAUAGAAAGCUGUCUGAAUUAAGUGUGUUAUAAGGUAUCAACAGUCUCUUCACCGGCGGUAAUGGACCGCUGAUAUAAAAGAUUGAAGUAGCAACAGGCAGUGCUUUUGCAGUAACAAGUCGUUCGAAUAGCGCUCUGGCCCGUUGUAAUUACAUGGUGUGUAAUAGUAAAUAGGCCUAGGAAAAGAACACGGAUUGUAAUAUUGUGUGUUCAGAUGCAGUGCUAGCGAGUUAACAAAAAAUAGAACAAUAAACGAAGUGAGAAAAAGUUUAUCAUGGCACGUAUUUUGAAGCCUCUGAAAAGUUUUACUUUGUUGGGAGUCCGAUAUGCUUCGCAAUCGAAAAGGGUCGUGGUCGAGAAUCCUAUCGUCGAGUUAGACGGUGACGAGAUGACUCGAGUUAUAUGGCAAUUCAUUAAGGACCGCUUGAUCUUUCCAUACCUAAAGAUUGACUGCAAAUACUACGAUCUCGGACUGCCGUACAGAGAUCAAACGAAUGAUCAGGUCACGAUUGACGCUGCUAAUGCAAUCUUAAAGUACAACGUGGGUAUCAAAUGUGCAACGAUCACGCCUGACGAAGCGCGGGUGAAGGAAUUCAAUCUCAAACAAAUGUGGAGGUCGCCCAAUGGCACAAUUCGGAACAUUCUGGGCGGAACCGUCUUCCGAGAACCGAUCCUGUGUUUGAACAUCCCUCGUCUGGUGCCUGGUUGGACACAACCUAUUAUUAUAGGUCGACAUGCGUUUGGCGAUCAGUAUCGAGCCACUGACGCGGUGUUCGAUAAGCCCGGCAGGCUCGAAAUGGUCUAUACUCCGGCAGAUGGUUCAGCAGAACAGCGAUAUGUUGUAUUCACGUUCAAGGAUAAAAAAAACAGCGGAGUUGGCUUGACGAUGUAUAAUACUGAUGAAUCUAUUCAAGACUUUGCACAUUCCUGCUUCCAAUAUUCCCUUAUGAAGGGUUGGCCGCUCUACCUCAGCACGAAGAACACUAUUCUUAAAAAAUAUGAUGGACGGUUUAAGGACAUCUUUCAGGAAACCUAUGAUUCGAAAUAUAAGGUUGAAUUUGAGAAGCGUAAAAUUUGGUAUGAGCACCGUCUAAUUGACGAUCAAGUGGCUCAAAUGCUCAAAUCAUCUGGCGGAUUUGUAUGGGCUUGCAAGAACUACGACGGCGAUGUACAAAGCGAUAUUGUGGCUCAAGGAUUCGGUUCUCUUGGGCUUAUGACAUCGGUACUCGUCUGUCCCGACGGAAAGACUAUCGAGUCGGAGGCAGCCCACGGCACUGUGACCCGUCACUACCGCAUGCAUCAGAAAGGUCAGCCAACAAGUACCAACCCAAUUGCCUCAAUUUUCGCGUGGACACGUGGCCUUAUGCACCGCGCGAAGUUGGAUAACAACGCUGAUUUGACGAAGUUUUGCAAGGCCCUAGAGACAGCGUGUGUGGACUGCGUUGAAGCUGGUGAAAUGACUAAAGAUCUCGCCAUUUGUAUCCAUGGCAUGAGUGGAACAAAUGAAUCUCACUACCUAAACACUAUGGACUUCCUUGAGGCUAUCGCUUUACGCCUCAAGCGAUCAUUAAAAUAAACGGUUCUAAUUAGUUAGUUGCUUGUUACCGAGUUUCAUGGUAAACACGUACUGCUCAAAUAUAGAUCUAUUUUUCUUCUUGCGAACAGAUUUUAUGAACCAGCACAUUCUUCAAAAUAGCAGCGAAAUACUACCUGAAAUCGAAUGAAAGAAAUAUACAAUCAUUCUGUUGUACAUCUGCAUAUACCGGCAUUUUAGUAACUAAUAAAUACUGAACCAUGUGUUUCUAAUGCAGAUUUAUCUAGCUCGUAAGGUAUAAAAAGAAUGUUAGCUGAUUACGCGCUUUAUAAUAUGUGCAAUAGGUCACUAUUCCUUAAUACAUGAUAAGAUACAGAAGGUAAUGACCAUAUCGCAUAAAAUUAAGACAAAUGAACAGCUGCAUGUUUUGUAAACAUAGCGUCGUAA